AGGAGUAGGACAAUCCCAUAGCCUGAAACGUAGACUAUUGGCACGACGUAAUUUGAUUGGUGUAGCUGAUGGGCGGCUAUAGGUAGGAAGUACAGUAUAUACUCACACUCGUACAGCUGAGAAAUGUGAGGGACUGAAAUUUCGUUAGGUAGUUGUUGUGGUUUUAGUAGCACCUAGAAGAUGUUCCCUGGUGUCUUCUAUGCAUUGCUGGCGGGUUUCCUCGGAGCCGUAGCCUCGUCGUCUGCAAAACUGUCGCUAGGAGCCGAUUACCUCAAAGGGGUGUGUGAAACCGGUCUUAAAACGUGGGGUGGAGAGGAGCGAAAAUUUAGGCAAGCGGACCAAACUACGGCUUGCGACUGGCUGCACAUUCCCCUACGCCUCCUUUGUGGAGGGCUGCUCUUCACAUGCAACGCUGUGAUGUGGACCUUCUUUGCCAAGGCGCUCAGGUACUCCUCCUCUUCAGCCAGAGCCACUGUGACCACCACAGCCUCCAACUUCAUAUCCUCGGCAUUUUUGGGGCAGCUAAUUUUUGGGGAGACCCACGCUGUACUGUGGUGGGUGGGCAUCUCCCUCACCUUGUCAGGGCUCCUGGUGCUUCACAAUUCAGUGCCCCGUGACGUCCAGCAGACCGACGCCAAGAAGGAGGACUGAGAGCCCGCCCACACAGCAACCCAGCAUGGCAACCAAUAAGGAGGACGACCGACACGUCCAGCCAGCCAAUCCCUAAUGGUCUGUGAUGUUUUUAUGGUGACGGGGAAUUCACAGCAGCGCUAUGGUUAUAUUGAGGUCAAAAUUAGGUCCUUCAGCCAGCAUGCAAAUGUACACAGAAGAGUCAGCUUCACACCUUACCACUCAGCUGCAGUACAUGAAUUCCGUUACCAUGGAAUCAUCAAACAGAACACGAAACAAAUCGCUGGUCCUCCUGUCCCUUCCGUAUCCUUGGCUGAGUGUACAUUUUUCUUUAUACCACAGUAUGGUAUUGUAUUCAUGUUUGACUUGGACUGCUAUUUUAAGUCUUGUGCUGCUGCAAUACCAUUCUGACCCAAGAAGGGUAGAUGUCCUAGAAUCUGUUAUGGCAAAUGCAAAUAUUAUUACUGUAUCCUUAAACACGUCACUUACAGGGGUCGUUGACCACUGAAGGCUCAAUAAAAGGGGCAGGUUUUAA